AGGAGGAUCGAUUGGAAAGAACGGGAGUCGCGGGAGAACCGUGCGGGGGAUUUAAAUUCAACUCUAUUUUUAAUUGGAACUCGUUAGCUUUGCGCAUUUUCAUCUCGAGGGGGGCCCGCGGAGGCACCCGGCACAGUCCGGAGGCACCGCCCCCACCACCUCCGCAUACUCUGCUUUGCUCCUCUGCGUACGCACUAUUUUUUAGUCCGCACUUAUUACGACAGAUGUCUCAUGUGCCGAUAAAGAAUAACCGUAGGCCGUAGUCCUAACUCGCGGUGUGCUCAGUCAGUGCUGUUAUACAUUUUUUCGCCAGUCGGGUGAAUAUUUUUUAACCUCCGACUUUACCUCUCGGCGACUACUCAACAACGGUACGGGACCCCGACGUAUUAGAAUAAUAAGAAACACGAAUUAAGAAGAAAAUAAGGAACUGAAAUUAAAAUUAACAACAACAAUAACAAUAACAACAAUAACAUUAAUUAAAAAAAAUAAAAAUUAAAAAAUUAAAAAAAAUUUCAAUCAAAAAGGAGUAGUUGGGAUGAUAAAUCGGAAAUUUUCUUUUUUGUUGUUAUUUAUUUUCGAUUAUAUCGUUUAAUGUAAGAAUAACAUUGAGAUGAACGGGUAAAAAAAAUGGAGAGAAAUUGAAGAGGAGAGAAGAGGGAAAAUUAUAUAUUCAACACGCGAUUAAAUCUACGAACUUUUAAACAAGGAUAAUCGGAAAGUUUGUACCAUUAUUUGGUGAACUUUAAAAAUUAUCUCUGACAUUAACUACCCGUGUUCUUUUUAUAUCGAACAAUUUGGUAUUUUUUUACACCGAUUUGAAAAAAACUACAACUACUACCCCCUCGUGACAAUCGGUAGUUAACUAUUUUGUAUUUCGCGGCGCGCCAAACACUCUGACAACUCUCCGCUCGUCCCCACGUAUCUCUGAACUGUUUGUUGCUCGCUGCUCCUGCUGCUUGGGCUCUUGCUGGUGCUGCUGGUGGUGUUAAGAGCUGCGAGUGCCGAUACCGCUGCUGCUGCUGCUGCUGCUAUUGCGGCCCCCCCGAAACGUUUUUUGGCAACUCAGCUGCCCGCCGUUAUUGCUGCUGUUGCUGCGAUACUUAUACUGAAAUGUACGCGCUAGCUCAUCGCCGGACGAAGUGCAACUUUAUUGUUAUUGAGUAAUGGUGGUUUAACAACAAUCCGCGCACAUGAGCGAGUUCGGCAGGUGUCAUAAGGUGAACAGUCAGAACGAUGGUAGAUACGCAACACUUUUGCCUGCGAUGGAACAAUUACCAGAGCAGCAUAACGUCAGCCUUUGAAAAUUUGCGAGAUGAUGAAGACUUUGUGGACGUCACAUUGGCCUGCGAUGGCAAGAGUCUCAAGGCGCAUCGCGUCGUACUCUCUGCCUGCAGCCCAUACUUCCGAGAGUUGCUCAAGAGCACACCAUGCAAACACCCGGUGAUAGUGCUUCAAGAUGUGGCGUUUAGCGACCUGCACGCCCUUGUUGAGUUUAUUUACCAUGGUGAAGUCAACGUGCAUCAACGUUCGCUCAGCAGUUUUCUCAAAACUGCCGAAGUGCUCAGGGUAUCUGGUCUCACGCAGCAAUCCGAUCAGACUGAUAGGGAUGAGCUAUCGCACGUUCGAGCGCUUGCAGCGGGUAAUCAUGUUCCCUCGCACGAAAAGUUGCCGGACGAAGGUUUCCCCAGUGGUAACUCACCCCCGCCAACCCCAGCAACGCCGGUAUCGACAACGAUGCAACAAUUGUUUCGUAGAUCUCAGAUCCGUAAAAGCGAAGCGCAUACCUUCGAACCACAUAACGAGAACGUGAAAAGACCAAGACUGCCAUCACCUCCUUUGAACAACAAUGACGCUACACCUACAGACUUCUCAAUGAUGAAGAGCAACCACUUGUCUAGUAAAAUUGAGGGAAAUGGAUUGAACGAAGACAGCAGUCACAUAGAAGAAAAUAUUAAGUGUGAACCCCUCGAAUUAACGGGGGGCAAUGGAGGUGCUGGAGGAAAUCACGACGACUCGUCUGAUUCCGGUGCCGCUGCCUCAGACCGACCCCCAGCAUCCGCCAGCAGCAACGAACACGACCCAGAACCAGAACAUGCACCGACACCUAACUUCCUUACGCCGGAGAGUAAAUUGUUCACCCCUGGAGCUUACAAUUUCAGCAUGCAUGCGUUAACCGAUCAUUCAUCCAUGUCAGGCUUGGGACACGGGCUUCAAACACCGGACCUGGCGGGAACUUCACAAGGCCCGCCAUCAGCGAUUCUUGCUAUGAGGUUAUCUCACCCUUUGCACGGUAGUCUGUUACCACCGGGCGUAUGUUAUACUUGCGACGUAUGCGGUAAAACCCUCUCGACAAAAUUAACCCUCAAGAGGCACAAGGAACAACAACAUUUUCAACCGUUGAACAGCGCGGUUUGCGCCCUUUGUCACAAAGUCUUUAGAACACUCAAUAGUCUCAACAAUCACAAAAGCAUUUACCACCGUCGACAGAAAUGAAGAAAAUCAAAAAUAAGAAAAAGAAAGAGAGAAAAAAAAAUGAACAGAAAACGAGUUAAUGAACAUUAAUGUUAUACCUAAUUAACGAGGCAACAAAAAAAAUUUAUACAUAAUAUUAUACAUAUAUAUAUAAGUAUAUAUAUGCUCUUAAUAUAUAUUAUUAUAUAUACACGUUGUUUUUUUUUUAUUUUUUUUCCGAUCGCAUACCGUAUGAACUGUUUGGUGAAUAAGCGUAUCGUUGUAUAAUCAUCGAUUUCAUUGUACAGAAUUUGAUAGAUCGAGAGAUCAAUUUUUUUCUCUUCGCGUUAAUUGAUCGGGUAAUUCAUUUAUUUCUUUAUUCAUUCGCAAUUGACGAUUGUUGGAUAUUUUUUUAUCUAUCUGCGUGAAACUGCGUUAUCGAUAUCGCGUUUCUCCGUAUAUUGCGGAACUUUGUUUGAUUUAUCGAAAAAGAGUCAUUGAACGAUUGCAUUGGAAAUGACGAUGUGAACUUGAUCAAAUUUUCAAUCGACAUUCGCGUUCCACUUCUCUCUUUUCAAUUAUUUAGAUUCGUGUGCGGUGCUUCCAGAAAAAUGCGUACGUACGUGCGUAUAUGUAAAAUUAUUAGACAUAUUUUUAUUAUCCAAUGAAUACGAUGAUUAUACGUGAAAUUUUAUUUCGAAAGAAAAAGAACAAAAAAUUUUGACCGAUUAAUAAAUAUAUGCGUAUAUAUUUGUAUGACAGUAGAAGAAGGGAAAAAAAACAAAAUAACUUCAUUCAAUUAUGAUAAAUUAAACGUGUAUCAGACUUUAUUGAUUAAGGUGCGUAUAAGUAUAUUACAUACAUAAUUAUAAAUCGAAAGCUUAGAUAGACUGCGGCGCGGACAUUUUGCGAAAUAAUAGAAGAAUGAAUUUAUUAUAUUUGAGAUAAUUAACAUCUGAUGAUCACGAUGAUAACUUCAUUAAUAGUUCAUCGGUUGUUAAUUGAAUUGAGGAAUGAGAAAACUAUCAGGAAGAAGAAAAAAAGAAAAGAAUACCUUUACUCGUGUGUUAAAUAUUAACACUCCGAAGACGAGAAAUAAAAAAAUUAAUGAGUAAUUUAAAAGAUAGUCAGGUUUCAAAGAUAGGGAAAUUUUAGGAGGAGAAUAGGAACAUUGCGAAGUGAUCGAAAAAUUUUUUGUUUUAAAAAAUUGCAAAUCGCGCCACCGCUAAAACGUUAAUCAAUACAAGAACUGCAGGUUGAAUUAAUGUAAUCUCUAUAAUUUAUUAUUAUCGUUAUUAAUAAAAAUUCUGAUACACGCGUAAAUAUCUGUAUACACUGCAGAGUAUAACGGUAAUGAUAAUAAUAUUAAUAAUAAUAUAAUUAAUAAUAUCAUAAUAAAUAUUGUAAAUAAAAUCAGAAUAAUAUAUAAUAAUGAUAAUACGAUACGAUUAUGCGGUAAUUAAUAAUUGAGGGACGGGGAAUCGUGCGUACUAAAUAAACUAUAUAAUUAUAUAUUAUUUAUAUAGUUAUCGAGGGCUAAUAGAACACUUCCAGGCGUAAGACGCCAAUCGUCCAACUAAUUAUAGGAGGAAAACAUUUAAUGUUAAAAGACUGUACGAACGUAUAUAAAUAUAUAUAUAUUAUAAUAAUUAAAUAACUAAAUAACUAAAUACUGCAAGACUCAGAUUUAUUGUUUCAAUUCAAACUUACGAUUAAAAUUGUAAUACAAUAUACAUACAUAUUAUAUAUAUCGUAACACGUACAUGCAUCCAUCAUAAGAAGAAUUAACAAAAUGAAUAAAAAAUUGAUGAAAGAAUUUUGAAAAGAAGUCAGAAAAGAACCAUAAAAUAAUGCCCGCGAAAUCACAUGCCUCGGUAACAUAUUAUUACGGCGCAAAUAUUUGUAGAUACCGUUUCUUCUAUCGUUCUAAAUUAUUUCUUUUUUUCAAUUUCACAUCCCAAAGUUGUGUGUCUCUUCUGCAAGUAUUUUUUUAUUCUCUGGGUGAAUCGAAAUAAAUCUGAAUAAUAGUUACCGAGGCAGAUGUAAUACACCUUAUGUAUACCAUAAAUAUGUUCGCGGUGCGAAGAUGCAAUGAUGAUAUAAUACAUAAUAUAUUUUAUCUUAAUAUAUUCAUUCCAUAAUUAAAAAUAUAAUAUUGAUGAAGAAAAGAAGUAAAAAAAAAAAAAUGAUGAAAAAAAACAGGAAAAAUGAAAUGAAAAAAAAAUAAAUUAAAUUAAAUUGCUUUACGGGGUACCUUUGCAUAGACACGCGCGUUCAUUACAUAUUGUUUUUUAGUUGUUCAUAUGCACCGGGCUUUACAUAAAGUACCUUAUAUAUAUAUUUAUAUAUUAUUUUUAUAUAUUAUAAUACAUGUAUGUAUUUAUAUGUAUAUAUAUAAAUACUUAACUUAAAAACGUCUAGCACCCUGCAAUUUUAAUUUUACGUAAUGCAAAUUGAUAGUUUUUCUUCUAUUUAUUUCUUUCUUAUUUUAGAAACGCGUGUAUAUAAAGUCUGAUUUAAAAUACUCAAGUGCAACGCGUGUAAGAACUAUAGAUUUUUCUUUGUUCUCUUUAUGAAUGAUAAUCUUUCGAUUUUUUUCAUUAUGUCGGUAAUACAUGCACAUAUUUCGAAUGUACAAUAGAGUCUCGAUGAACAACAGGAUCGAUAUUACCGUUUUCAUAAAUAUAUCCGACAAACAAAUUAUUAAUUAUAUCGUACACAAUGCCCUAUGCCCUUGUUGUACGUACAGUAUACACGAAGUAACUAUUAUAAAAAAAAAAAAAACCGGCAAUUCAAAAUUUAUGUUACAAUUACGGCACACAAAAACGCGUUUUCGAUGUGACCAUAUAUAUAUAUAUAUAUAUAUGUAUAAAUACGUAUACGUUGAACCGAUACAUAGUCGUGCGGUUGAAAAUUUAUUUAUUGCAAAGCAAAGGAAAAAAAAUAAAGAAAAAAUAUGGGGGAUGAAAAUUAGAAAUUAAUAAUAUGAUACAAUAACUAAAAAUCUAAAGUAUAAAAGAAUUAACGUUAUGAAAUACGGUAUGAGAUAUAUUGUGAUCGGGACUAUAAAUUUAAAAAAAGAAAAAAUGAAUCGUUCGUACGCAUAAAAUAUACUCGUAUGAAUUGAAAAUUUAGACUGCAGGUGCUGAUGAAUUAACAUUACAUAAUUAUCGUAAGAUUGAUUAGGAAGAAAGAAAUGUAGAAUUAAAAUUUAAUUCAAUUCAAGUUGGAGAGAUUUUGAGUGAAUGAAAAUGAACGCGAUUUUUUUUUUCCUUGUUACAUUAUAAAUAUAAAUAGCAUUCAUACCAGUUCAACAAUUGAUACAUAUUUAAUAAUUAUAAUAAUAUUAAUAAUGCUAAUAGUAACAACAACAGCAACAGCAACAAAAACAUAAUAUCACAUUAUAUACAUAUACGGUCAACGAUAAGCGCUAUAAACAAAUAGAAAAUAGUAAAAAAAAAUGAGAGAAAAAUAAGAAAAAGAAAUGAAAAAAAAUACACGCACACCCUCCUACACACACACACACACACACACGUCACAUUAUGUACUGAAUAAUAAUUAAUUCAUUGAUUAAUUAGCCACAUUACACAAUAUAUUAGUCGACUAUAAAUAAAAUAUACAUAAUGUCUUAUAAAUACGUAUAUAUAUACAUAUUAUAUGCAUAUAUAUGUAUAUAAAUAUAUUUUAGUAGAACUUUGAUAAAACAUAUUACAAAAGAACAAAAAAAAAAGCUAAAUAACUAAAAUAAAAAAAUAAAUAAUUAUUGAAUAAAUAAAAAUCUUCUUGAAUAUAUUCAUUCGGUUUUCAUUAUUCUCUAGCAUACGAGUUUUUUUCUAAAUCCACCAGCAUAAAUCGUCUUUUCGAUUGCAUGAACUUUUGAAAUAGAUUUUAUUUGAUAAUUAAGAUACGAGAAAUAAAUUAUAUAUUUUUUGUUUCUCUUCCUCUCGUAUAAAUUAACUCGAUGCUUGCGCUCAAACAGAUCGGAUUAAUUGAAUUUCUGUCAAUCUCGCUGCAGUUGCUUUUAUCUGAGGCUGAAAAUUUCUCAUCUUCAACACUAGACGAGCAAAAUAUCGAUGAUUCGUAUAUAAUAAUUCUAAUAAUAUUCAUAGUAAUAGUGAUAAUAAUUAUAAUUAACAUAUUUGUAGUAACAAUAAUUUAUCCGAUAUACUUGAACUAUAGUGAAUGGUUUUUAUUCAGAUAAAAAAAUAAUGAAAAAAAAACGACUGUAAAUAACGAGUAUCUCAAGAAGAUUUUUAUAGUUUUGAUUCAGAAAAAACGUAUAUAUUAUUAAAGUUAUAUAUAUACAUGUGUAUAUAUGUAUGUAUAUAUAUAUUAAUACUCACAUAGGAAACUAGAUUCUAUAUGGGGAGAAAGAAAAAAAAAAAUCACCCGAUCAAAUAGUACGUAUACGUUGUCGCUGGAAGUAUGUAUGAAAAAUAACUUCAACAAAAAAACAAACUAAGGUUACAUAAACGAUAGAAUAAUAAUGUUUUAUAGUAGCUGUAUAUGUAUAUAUAUUAUUUAUACGUAUAUAUAUAUAUAUACAUAUAUUUAUAUGAUACAACUUGAAAUUGAAAAGAGAAAGGAAAAAAUACAAUUAACUGAUUAAACAAACACAAAAUACCCAUACACCGAUAUAGCUAGGCUAUGAUAUAGAAUAAUAUGUAUAUUUCUCUGAGCGAAUGAUAUUUUUAAGGGCCCGGUCGAUUUUUCAUUCUUUUCAUUUUUUGGUUUUUUCUUACAUUUCAUCCGCGUAUGAUUUUUGCCGUAAAAAAAUUCAUGUACGGUAAAAAAAGGAAACAAAAAAAGGAGAAAGAUGGAAAAUGGAAACUCAAGUAGAUGAGAAUAGCGAAAUUUCCACCCUCGACUCUAUUUCGAAAAAUGAAAGUUUCUGUCUUCGGUUAAUUAGAUAGAAAUUCAGGAAGUAAUUACGUCAAGAUGCACGCGUGUCAUCCCUUAGAAAUAUUGAUUCAGGUCUCAGUUUCGAGUGAUUUCUUGAUCGAUAAAUAUUAUUGAAAAAUCUAGAAGAAUAAAAAACGAAUCAACCGCACCAACAGACUCAUGAGAUAACAGAAGAGAAAAAGAGAAAGAAAUAGGGAAAAGAAAGAAAUAGUUAUUUAGAAGAGAAUAUUUGGGAAAAUUAAUAUUAAAAAAAAGAACGAAGCUUUAAAUUUAUGAAAAUAAAUAAGAUUAAAAAAGAAAAAAAGAAAAAAAAAUGAAGAAAAAGUUAACAAUUUUAUAGUAGUCACACGAAAGAACUGAUAUUGAUAAUAUUUAAAUAUGUAUAGACUACUCAAUAAAUUGACUUAUAUAUGACUACUGUAAAAAUGGCCAAAUACGCAAAUGGUGGUACCCACCCCCAACAAUCGUGGAGGGGAGGGGUCAAGUAUAUUAUGGAAAUAAUAAAUUAUUAAUAAAAAAAUUAAUAUAAAUUGAGGAAUAUUUAAUUAUGCAAAUGACAUAGAAUAGUGGAUUUUAUUUGAUUUUUUUUUUAGUUUUUCUUUCUAUUCCAAUCAAAUUCCAUCAUUACAUAACGUUCGUAACAUUGAUACGAUAAUUUUUUAAUAUUAUCAUACAAAUAUUUUCUUUUCGUCAUCUAUGUCGUUACGAUUUAACUUCUCUGAUUCAUCUUGUUUUUAAUGAGUUAGAAAAAUUGUAUUUCUUUUUUUUACUUUAAUUUUUUUCUUGUACAUUUUUAUCACGUCUUAAUUGGUGUUAUUAAUUAUCAAGCAUGGCGCUAUGAUGAUUGUUAUCUAUUGAUUUAAUCGAACGGUUGAAAAAUAUGAAAGAAACAGAAUAAAAACUAAAAUAAGUAAAUUAAUAAACGAACGAAUAAAAUGAGUAGAGUACAGAAGACGGAAGACAAAUUGAAUAAAUAAUCAAAAAACAAAUUAGAUAACGAGGAUAAAUAAAAAAAAAUAAUUAACCUCCUGUUAAAAUUGGCCUGUGAUAUGACAGAAUUGUUGCAUUAUGUUUUCUUAAAAUUUAACAACUGAAUAAAAAGAAAGAAAAAACAUUGAAUAAAUUAAUGAAAAAUAAAAAGACUGAGAGUAAAAAUCGCAUCGGUUACGGUCGAAAUAUGACAUUAAAGAUGUCGUUUUGUGAACCACUAUUGCAAUCAAACAGGAUAGAAAAAAAAAAGAGAGGAAUUUUUUUUGUAUAAUAUACGUGAAUCAAUUAUCAAAAAUGAAUGUAAUUAAUAUGCUCUGUCAGAUAACUUUGAGACUGUAAAUAAUCCUGCCUUGUUGGCGAAUAGAAAUUUUUUAAUUUUUUUUUUUAUACAUAAAAAUAUAUAUUAUACCUUUUCAUGUACAAUUAAAUAAUCGUCUGUUGGAAAAAUUGAGAAAAAAAAUCAAUGGUUUGAAAAUAUUCAGACGAUUAAUGAAUUGAGAGAUAGAAAGAAAGAGAAAAAAUCUCCAAUUUGAAAAUAUUGCGUUAAACAAAUAUUGAGAUACCGUAGAAAAGGGAAUUGGUGAUUAGUUUAUAAAACAGAAGCGAUAAAAAAAGCAAACGUUUUUAUCUAUCACGGUAAUUAAAACGUAAAUUUUAUGUAAAAUUGUAAAAGCUUUAUUAUUUAUUCGACCGCAACAAAUGUUGGUAUCAGACUGAAUUGAACUGAUUUGUCUCAUUAUUUUUACAUAUAUUUACAUAUAUAUAUAUCUACUUAAUUAGUCGACUUUAUAUAUUGGACUGAUUUUACUAUGUUGACUGAUGUUACCAAACUGUUAAUUAAAGAAGAAAAGAGAAAAAAAAAACGAUGAAAAAGGAAUUCGAAUACCCUUUAAUGAUUAAGUUGAAGAAAAAAAUAUAUAAUAAUAUUUUGAAGCUUUUCCAUUAAAAAAAAAAAGUUAAA